UCGCCGCGCUUCCGAAAGUGUGUCCACCCCCCAUGUGGGCGGAGAGGCCCGGCCCCGCCCGCGCCGCGGCCGCCCUGAGCCCGGCUGUCCCCUGGGACCGACGGGAGGACCGGGUGGCGCCAUGGACGCCUUCGUCCGCUUCACCAACCAGAGCCAAGGCCGCGACCGGCUUUUCAGAGCCACUCAGCAUGCAUGCAUGUUACUUAGAUAUUUGUUAGAGUCUAAAGCCGGCACAGAGGCGGCGAUAGUGAAGCUCAAGAGUCUGGAGUCCAGUGUGAGCACUGGCCGUAAAUGGUUCAGACUGGGCAACGUGGUCCACGCCAUCCAGGCAACUGAACAGAGCAUCCAAGUCACGGACCUUGUGCCCCGCUUAUGCCUUACGCUAGCCAACCUGAACCGUGUGGUUUAUUACAUCUGUGACACUGUCCUCUGGGUGAAGAGUGUGGGUCUUACCUCGGGAGUCAACAGAGAGAAAUGGCAACUGCGGGCCACCCGCCACUACUACUAUUUCCUCCUGCUGAGCCUGGUCCGGGAUCUGUAUGAAAUCUUGCUGCAGAUGGAACAGGUUUUACAGGACAGGGCAAAGAGAGAGAAAUCACCCCAGGGCUCUCCUGGGUACAAUGUGGUCAGCGAAGACACAGACUACCUCCAGUCCUUUCUCCUACUGUUCUUCCGCUCCCUGAGGCGGCACCCUCCCUUGCUCCUGGACACAGUGAAGAACUUGUGUGACAUCCUCAUCCCUUUGAACCAGCUCGGGAUCUACAAGUCCAAUCUUGGUGUCGUAGGACUUGGGGGCCUCGUGUCCUCUGUGGCCGGCCUCAUCACUAUAGUGUACCCUCAGCUUAAACUGAAGACCCACUAGGUGUUUGGGGGUCUUAUAGGUGACAGCUUAGUGGAACAAGCUUCUGUUUUGGUCUCAGGGUCUUACUAUGCUAAUUGCUUAAUCAUGUGAGACUCUUACCAACCUGUAAUGUGAGAAGUGGGACCAACAAUGGAGCGUGCAAACUGAACUUUUUUUAAAUGCUGCAGUAGCUUCUGAAUUUCUGAGUAUUUUCCCUUCAGCUAACAUUACUAGGUAUUUUUUAUAUACAUAGUAAGAGCUUAAUGUUUGCUGAAUGAAUAAAAAUGGAAAGGAAAGAAAUCAUGAAAGACUCAAAGACACUAGAAUCAUGGGUUGGGUCGUUUGGCUCCCUGACUGCACAUACUGUACCAGAGCUGGGACACAGCACUCCUGGCUCUGGUUAAAGCCUCCCCUCCUCCCAUCAGUUACUAUGCCCCAUCCCCACAGACGGCAGUGUGGCAUGGAGGGAGCUGGGCCUGGAGCCUCAAGCUGUGGCUCUGGCCGUUUCCGCAGCCUGUCCUUACGUACAGAGGUAGAUUCAGGACAGCGUCGGGACCUCUGUGCUGUGGGUUGGGUCAGGGUGGAAGCCUCUGGAAAUGCUGUGAGUAAGCAAGGAGGAGGCAGUGGGUGGAAGGUCACUGUGGUGCCUAUCCCCGUGUGGCAGAUAAGGAGAUGACCCUAAAAAGCUGAACUCAGGUUCGUUCUGAUUCUUUCCAGUCCUCUGUGCCAUCUGGGACCCUCAGCAGCAUUCCCAGCUCAGGGUCCUUUGCCUUUUGUCCUUAGCGCGCCCCCACGCCAGGCCCGGAGCUUUGAUGGCUUCUCUUCUAGUCCAUAAAAAUCAAAACGAUGCAGACUCACCCAGAUUGGUUUUAUUUACAGUUACAUAACACUUUGGGCAGUUCCCAACCGUUUUCAUCAAAAUCAGAGAAUUAGAACCUUCCUGUGUGUGAACGUGAGGACAUCAGUUUUCUGUGAUAGAUCAGGGGACAGCUGGGGGGAUGGGACUGGCAGUAGGGCCCGGGGACACCGAGUCAGUGCCGUUUGCCCGUGCUUGCCCUUCCCAUUUCAGUCUUUCUGAGGGGUGGGGAGAAGGGCCGCCUUCAGCUGGGCCAGUGUCACACCUACAAAGCCACGUACAUCCUCUGAGUGGAAACGAGAGAUACGCACUCAACAGCUGCUUCCCACAAAUGUGAGGAAGAUUCCUGAAAAGCGGACUCGGUCCUUGGCACUCUGUUUUCAAAAGUGUGUGAUUUGGGAAAACUUUGGGGGCAUUCUGAGAGAAACUUAAGUGGCUAAAACAAGACAGAUAUGUUUAAAUAACUGUUUGUACUGUAACAUGUCAGUUAUAUCUAAUACAUUUCUAAACAAAA